GCGCUGUGUAACAAGUGAACUUGCUUCCAUUACAGUACACUGUACCGCAGCUCCGCCGCCGCACCGAGAACGAAGCAUGGACCAGGCGCUGCUCAUGAAGGAGAAGGGCAACGCUUGCUUUGCCAAGCACAAGUACUCUGCCGCCAUCGACUUUUAUACUGAAGCCAUCUGUUUGAAGUCGGAUGUGGCGGCGUUCUACACCAACCGCGCCCUCAGCUACCUCCACCUCGAGAAGUGGGCGUUGGCGCAAACCGAUUGCCGCCGCGCCAUUCAACUUGACGCGUCCAAUGCCAAAGCGCACUACCUCCUGGGCAAGAGUCUAUGCCAUAACAGCGAAUACACUGCGGGCAUUGAAGCAUUCCAAGCUGCGCUGGCCCUCGCCGCCCAAAGCUCUCAGCUAAAGGUGUCAUUCGAGCAGGAAGUGCUGGCGGGGCUGCGCCAGGCCAGGAAACUCAAGUGGCAGGCCGCGCACGACAUCCAAACCAGUCGACACGAGCGAGUGACGGCGCUGUUCCAUGACAUUGUUCACCAGAGUCGCACGCACCAGCUCCACUGCGCCAACACUUCCGCCCCUCAAACCAAAGCAGAUAUUCACAAUGACCACGACACGGUCCUCGCGCACAUGAUGGAGCUGUUGGAGUUGCAAGUACGUACCUACUAGUACUAGUAGUAGUACUAGUAUUAUUAGUAUCGUCAAUCUAUGUAUGUACAUUUUGUAAAUCUUUGAUUAGAUUGAGCCAUAUAUAUAUAUAUAUAUUUAGUAAAAAAAUCAAACUUGAUUUGUCAUCUGUGCAGGAUAAUCCUACUAGUCAAAAUUGGAUCGGGUGUAAUUCUUUUAUAUAUAUGUAUAUAGUAUAUAUUAGAUUAGGCCAUAUAUAAAUAUAAUCAAGCUCGAGUUGUCCUUUGUACGAGAUGAUCCUAGUAGUCUAAGGUGCACUGCGUCGUAUUAUAUAUAUAUUUAAUUUUGUAUGUAUAGACCACACAUAUGAUAUAGUAUAUAAAACCAAGCUGCAGUUGUCAUCUGUGCACGAUAAUUCAACAGUAGUCUAAAUAAGGUGUGUUGAGUGUAAUUUUUGGCUCGCGUUUGUCCAUUUCUAAUGCUUUUAUAGAGUGUCCGUUAAUGUGCAGAGUUGGUGGUUCGACUUCUCAUUAUAUAUAUAUAUUCAAGUACCCUACACUUAACUACCUACGUACCUCUCUUAUGGUAUUUGCAGCAAUAUAACAUAGAUACAUAGAAAAAUUCAAAAAAAUAUUUUUUUAUAAAGUGAGAGUUCCUGUAUUUGGCUACAAAUUUCUGGUGCCUUGUGUUAGCAAUCGGCUGAGAAGAACCUCGUGCCCGAAUACUUUUUAUGCCCCAUCGGCAUGGACAUCAUGGAAGACCCGGUGACGACCCCCAAUGGCGUCAGCUACGACCGCAAGUGGAUCGAAGCACAUGUAGCGCGAUCCCAGAUUGAUCCUUUGACAAGGGAAAGUCUCCGCGCUAGCCAACUGCGGCCAAAUGUAUCGCUUCGCCACGCGAUAGAAGAUUUCUUGACCAAGAAUCCGUGGGCGUACGAGCAAUAAAUAGGAGGUACUAGUAGUAAUAGCUUGUACUACUAGUACAUGUGGUUGAUGGUUCAGAUUAAAUAAAAAAGAAAGACGGUUUUGCAUCA